CCCGCGCACGCUGGCCAGCCUGUGAUUCUGUUUACAAACUUUGCUAAAGCCCAUCUGCUCUGUUCGGCCCCUCCCAGCGGCAAACCCCCGAAUUCUCUCUACAAGGAAACUUGAGGCUUUUUUUUUCCUCCUCCCGACCUUUUCAGAAGCAUCAAGUGCAGUCCUCUCAGAGGCAGGCGCGCUCAUUGCUGCUGCUUCCUUCUCAUUCAGUCCCGGUUCGGGUAAAAAAUUGAAGGCUGGCUGCUCAUUUGGUUACUUCUUCAAGAAAAGUAAAACUGUGGCUGAAGGACAAAAAUUAAUAAAAACUAAUUCAAACAGCUUUUAAAGGAUUCUAUAGUGUCAGCCUAUCGAAUGCUAGCAGAGCUAGGAGCAGCUUCACAAUGGGCCCAAUACCACUGUUACUUCUACUUUUCCUUACUGUUCUUAGCCCCUUUUCAAGGAUUAAAGCUGAGGAGGAUUUUACCUGGGAAAUAAAGAAAGUACCAUUGGUCAUAAAUAAGAAAACUGUUACCCUAAGCAGCCCAGAUUUCAAAGCUGAAGCCAAGCGUGAGUUAAAUGGGACCUGUGGGAUCGAGUGCCAAAGCAGGCUACCUCUGCCAAGUGUCAGUGACCUUCAGGAUUUCCUUUCCUACGAAACCGUCUACGAGAAUGGCACUCGCACCUCCACAGAAGUGUACUUCAGGAACUUUGACAUGCAGGCAGAACACGAAGUCAUCAAGGACUCUCAUUCACGAAGGAAGCGGCACGUUUAUGGUAUGGAUAGCCGCUUCAGCAUCUCAGACAAGCAGUUUGUGACUAACUAUCCUUUUUCCACUUCUGUCAAAGUUUCUACUGGUUGUACAGGUAUCCUGGUAUCACCAAAACAUGUUCUAACAGCGGCGCAUUGUAUCCAUGAUGGAAAGGAUUACAUUAAAGGAGCCAAGAAACUUAGAGUAGGGAUUCUGAAACUGCGUUCCAAAGGAGGUGGCAAAAGGCGCAAAGGCUCAAAACGGGGAAAGAGGGAAGCAAAGCCUGCCGAAAUCAAGCCUUCUUUCCAGUGGACAAGAGUAAAACGCACCCAGGUACCAAAGGGAUGGUUUAAAGGAGUGACAGAUGAUGUUGCGGUGGAUUACGACUACGCAAUUUUGGAACUUAAGCGGCCGCAAAAGAAGAAGUUCAUGGACCUUGGCAUUAGCCCUACGGUGAAGAAGAUGCCUGGAAGCCGGAUUCACUUUUCUGGAUUUGACGACGACAGGCCAGGACAAUUGGUAUAUAGAUUCUGCUCUGUCUCUGAUGAAUCCAAUGAUUUGUUGUACCAGUACUGUGAUGCCCAGCCUGGAUCCAGUGGCUCAGGCGUCUAUAUACGCCUAAAGGACCCUGAAAGCAAGAAAUGGAGACGAAAGAUUAUUGGGAUUUUCUCUGGCCACCAAUGGGUAGACGUCAAUGGCCAGCAGCAGGAUUAUAAUGUCGCUGUCAGAAUAACCCCUCUAAAAUAUGCACAGAUCUGCUUCUGGAUACAUGGGAACUAUGCAGGUUGCCGUGAUGGUUGAUUACGUAAUGGGACGAGCACCUAUGUUACAUUCAGACUUUUAAUUACUGUAUUUUUUACUGAGAUGAUUGGGUUCUUCUACACCACAACACUCUAUGCACAUACAAUGGUAGUAAAAGGGAAUUAUACUGUAGUGAAAACAGGGUCGCUUAGUAUUAACUUCCGAGGUGUUCAACUCUUGUGAACAGAACUGUCCCUUUAUCUGAGAAAAUUUUGGCAGGCGCUAAUGGAGUAAAAUUUUUAUUGUUUGCUUUAUUUAAUAAAUUAUAACAGCACAGAUACUUUUUAAGAAUUGAAAUGUGCUACAACUCUUUAACAUAUCAUUGACUGCUGGGUGCUUUUAUGUACUCCGUAGUUGUUUUCCAAAGCUCCGACACCAAAAAACUGGUCUUUUUGUAUAGUUGUGAAUUGAUUUUCAGAAACAAUCGAUGUACCUUUCACACAAGUUUAGGAACAUCACUCUAAGCUUCUAACUUGUGGAUUAAGCCUUCACCCGUGACUCACUUUUGCUUUGGCGUAGUGUUUUCUUUUAAAUAUAUGGCCUUUCUCCUCUUGGAGGACCAAGUAAAUAAAAAAACACACUAACUGAAAGAGCAGGGUUUAAACAAAAGGUAGGAGCUGAAUGUGUUUCUUGAGUCUUUUAAAUAUAGGACUUUGUAGAAAUGCUGGAACAGUAGGCAAAACAAUUCAAAUUAUCCUCUCUGGUAAAAGAGUUUUUUUAAUCCUGCAUUGUUAAAUUGGUUGGCAAAACAAAAACUCAAACACUCACUAUAUCCAAAACCCAUAAUAAACAAUCUAUCAGCAAAUAAAAUUGUAUUUUGCAUGUACUGUAAUUUUUUCAUUUGUGACUAAAGAUGAUGCAUCAAUACCUUGAAUUCAACAAUUUAAUGCUCGAUUUUGAUACCUGCCUUGAAUCAACAAAUCAUCGGGGUUGGGCCUUGGCAACCAGAAAUGCUGUAUCAAGGGGGUGCGACUGUUCACUACUUCAAUAUUUUAUUUGUGCAUUUCUACAGUUUGGCCAAAACAUUGAGAAUAUCAAAUGUAUAGCCUCUUCCUCACCACCAUACCCUUUCAAUAAUGUCAAUUUUUAAUAUACCCAGAACGCGGCUGCUAGUGUUCUCACGCUCACCAGCCAAACUGAACAUAUCUCUCCAGUUCUUUGGCUUCAUGUAUCAAAUCUAAACUAACACUCAUUAGCCUUGACAUUUUACAUGGUCUACUUCCUUCAUGUCUUGUAUCGGUAUAAUCCUGCAUGUGAACUUAAUGGACUGCUUAUGGUCCCACACACCAAGCAUUCUUCCUGGGGUAAAAGAUCAUUCUGUGUCACGGCCCCCUGCUUCUGGAGCUCAUUAACUCAACAUUUGUGUCUUCACUUUCCUCUUUUAGGACUAAUUUGAACACUUUUCUGUUCAACCAAUAUCUUUCUUCAAUCUUAGAUUUUUAACACUUGUACUGGAAGACUAUUGUGUUGUGUUUUGUUAUUGUUUUUUUUUUUUGUUUCUGAUUUCUUAUAGUUUUAACAAUUGUGUAAAGCGUCCUAGGGUUUGAUAAAAGCACUAUAUAAAUAAAAACUAUUAUUUUUAUUUAUCAUUGUUGUCAACUCUCUUGGAUGCUUUAAAUGAGACAUUAAGAAAGUCUUUUUACUUUAAAUAAUAUAAAAUAUAAGUAAAAAUAAAUGUUAUUCACUUGUAAAACAUAUUGGUAGGCUAACACAAGAAGAUGCUCUCUUCCAGUGCUCGCUUAUCAGGACUAAACCUUCGUUGUGUGAAAAUAAAGAGAACAUGUCCGAGAAAUGGCAAGAGAUAGCCAACGACUGAGAGGCAAUUCUGGGAAAAGGAACAGGCAAAACAGGCUGAACACAAAAUAGGAAAAAAGCAAAAAGGCAAGGCAAACAUUGUCAUGGAAAAUCAAUUUUAAAAAUGCAAAGUAUUCAGAGACAACAGACAAAAAAAUAGAGAAACAGGGAACUACAAUGUUCAGUAAAAGACAGUAGUAAAUAAUAAUUAGAGCGGAAAAUUAUACAAUGAUAGCACUUGCUAUGGAACAGUAAAUGGGAAGUGUGGCUAACAGCAUGUGCGUUCAUAUAAAUAUAAAAUAAUUAAUGCUUAUUUCCUAACUUUUAAAUAAGUCACAUUUGAAACUGAUAAACGUUGUCCAUGCAGCCUUAAUAAACACACAUAGUAUUGUUCUAUAUGCAGAUUGCAGUCAAAUUCUUACAAAUGCUAAUAUACAAACAACAUGCCAACCUUCUCACCAUGAUUAGUGUGUAAUAAUAAUAAUAAUAAUGCAUGUUAUUUAUAUGGAGCCUUUCCCAUUCACAAAGCGCUUCACAACAGGUACAAAAUGGAUUAACAGCACAAAAAAAGAUCAUACUGGAAACACUGGAUGCAAAAUAAUGUCACAUUAAAUGCCAAAUAAUAGAUUAAUAAAUUAAAAAUAAAAUUCUGAAUUAAAAAUAAGAGACAAAACAAGCAGGAAUAAAAAAAUACAAAAACACAAAAUGCUAGAAGAAGACCAAGAGAAUUUGUGAAAGGUUACAUGUAGGAUUAUCAACAUAGACGCAAAAUUGCUCACAAGAAUGACUGCCUGGUUCAAUUGCCUUACUUUGAAAGAUAUGCCAGUUGCAGAGCUACCUACUGUAAAACAUAACUGUACUAACUGAUAGACAAUUAACAUUUGAAUCAGGUUUCAUUUGUUAAAAUACAUCUACUGUAUGUUUAUCACAUCUUCUUAAAAUACUGUUCCUAAACAUGGAGAGUUUCAGCCUCAGAAUCUGAAGUCCAGUAACUGUGUGCCUGGCUAUAAUGUCAUUUGAUUUAGUGACAAGUUUCAUGUAAUAAGAAGUUAUUAUUUAAAAAUAUUGAUUUAUUUAAGAAUUUCACUUAAUGUUUACAAUUUGAAUGAUGUUAGUUGUUAUUAAUGAUGCCAGGCCAGCCAUCAUGAGGGCCACAUGUAUAAAUGUGCCAGUUUCUAAACUGUGGUGCUCAAAUAUGGCCAUUCCUACUGGUGAAAGUUUUAAAACCUCUCUUAAUAACUGCUGUACAAGUUAGUGAAAUGUUAUUUAGAAGUUGGAUUACUUUUUCUUUUUUUCCAAUUAGCUUAUUUUCAGAAAUAUUUGGUUGCAAAUUAGAACCAGCAAUAGAUUUUAGGCACAGGAGUUAGAAAAAGUAGAUUACUCAAAAUGAUACUUUUAUAUUUUCCAUUGCGAAAUGACUCUAAUGGACAUAUUACAUCACACACCCUCUUUUUUGGUAAAAAGAACAAAUAAUACACUGGUUGUAUCUUUGAAUGACUAAAUUUCUGAUCAUCAGCAUUAGCACACUUUCAUUCCAGCACCAAGAAUGUAUCAAAAGUAAGUCUCAAAUUGAUGAAAUCUCUGUGAAAACUGAGCAUAUCAUAAAUCAAUAUAUCACCUGAAAAUGGUUACAUUCUAACAUUCAACACUCCUUUUAUCUGCCUUUAUUAAUACGGGGAAGGCUGAAAAAGAUUCAUAUGGAUUGUAACAUUCCAGUUUAUAAAGCCUCAUAAUCUAAUCAGUGAUUAGUAAAGUAAAUGAACCAUGUUUAUGUCAUGUAAAUUUCCAACUCUCUUAAACAAGACCAAGGUCACAUUAUGGGUGAGGUUUGGGGUGCGGUUUCUGGUGUCAAUUCUAGCCAGCAUAGGGUGGAAGGCAGGAACAAACCCUGGACAGGAAACUUGUGCAUCAAUGGAUGAACACACAAAGACAGUAGGGCCAAUUCACUUAACAUGUAUGUCUUUGGACAGUGGGGGGAAACCAGAAUACCCAGAGGAAACCCAUGCAGACAUGAGGAGAACAUGCAAACUCCAUGUAGGGAGGAACCGGGAUGGAAACCCUGGUCUCCUUACUGUGAGGAUGCAGUGCUACCACUGUGCCACCCUGCUACCUAAAUCAAUUUUAGAGCUGAUAUAAUUAUUUGAUGUAAAUACCAGGCCCAUGUAAACCAACCUUUGAUCUAUCUAUCUAUCUAUCUAUCUAUCUAUCUAUCUAUCUAUCUAUCUAUCUAUCUAUCUAUCUAUCUAUCUAUCUAUCUAUCUAUCUAUCUCCAUUCCCAUUCUCUCUUUCUUGUAUGUAUAAACGCACAAAUGUCUGUCAAAUCUCAUGAAAGCAACAUUUCUGUUCAUUCUGCCAAUUUCACCAUUUUGGUAUUAUUUAAUAAUUUCAGUGUUCUUUUGCACCCUGCCUGUCUAUACAGCAUUCUAAGCCAUAAUAAGUUUGAUUUUAAUUGAAUUGAACUGAGAAUACCACAAUUCGCUAAACACAACUUGAAAUUGUUGAAUUCAAGACAAGGUAAAAGUGGAUACCUUCUUUUACAGCAACCCAUUUAUGGAGCUUUCUAGCUAUUCUGAGAUCAUGGUGCUUUUUAACAAAAAUCAAUGCACAUUUCAAUUAUGGUGCUUUAUGUUUUUUGAAGAUUUUUGGAUGGCAUGCUUUGAGAUUUAUUUAAAUUUUGAUGUGUAAAAAUAAAAAAAAGUCUAAAUAUAGUACAAUAAUAAUGUUGUCUUAAGAUAAUUACAAUAUUUAAUGCAUAGAAAAACUGCUACGUUGGGUCAGUCAGACUGCUCUAAGCGCAUAUGUUUGAAGAAGUUCAGACGGCUCCACAUCUAAUGCUAGACUGCUAUGCCUGUAAGUCCAUUGUGUGACCUUCCUAUGUGGAAAGUUUUACUAUCUUUAAAAAUAUGUAUAUUGUUAUUGUAAUGUAAAAAAAGCUGAAGUAUCUUUCUGCGGUAUUGUAAAUGGUUUUUUUUAAUACAAUACAUUUGGACAUUUUUAUUUUAAA